AUGAAGCGUAUUCUCCUGGUUUUGACUGUUAGCCUGCUCCUGGCCCAGGUUACCCAAGCCAGGCACUGCUGGAAAAAGUUGGGAAGGUGCAGAACAACGUGUAAAGCCAGUGAAGUAUUCUACCUCUUAUGCAAUGAUGAGACUAAGUGUUGUGUCAACCCCAAGCACGUACCUGUCAAAACUAGAUCCUUGCCGCCAACCGGAAGCCUGGAGUAA